GCUUAACAUUCCAAUUAGAGGACAGCUGAUACGGUGACCUCGACUGGCCGUCAAAGUAGUUAUUAAAAGUGAGGCAGAUCGUCUCCCGUGUCAGUCCAGCCCUAAUCGUCAUGGAGAAAGGAGAGAAGCCCAAGUCGUCGCUGCCAGGCCUGUGGAAGUACCCGUCGCUCCGCGAUGUGCCGCUGCACUCCGGAGGACUGUGGCUGCAGGGCAGGCGCGAGGACGACGGCGCCGAAGGGUUGUGGCGCGUCCACGACCGCCUCUACGACCUGGCCGGCUGGGAGAAGUCGCACCCCGGCGGCUCUGACUGGAUCACACUCACCAAGGGAACGGACAUCACAGAAGCAUUCGAAGCACAUCAUGUGCGCAAUUUUGCGGAAACCAAGCUGAAGGACUUCUACGUGCGAGACGCAAAAACGCGGCGCAACUCGCCGUACGUCUUUGAUCCGAAAGGCUUCUACUGCACGCUGAAGGAACGCGCACGCCAGGCGCUGGCGAACGAGAAGUACGUCGGCUCCACAGGCACCGUCUACUCCAAGCUGUUGGCAGACUUCCUGGUGACGUCGAUGCUGACGCUGAGCGUGUUGGCUGCGUGGACGCAGAGCUACCUGGUGGGCACCUUGGCUGGCCUGAUGCUCUGCUUCACUGUCAUCUGUGCGCAUAACUUCACUCAUAUGAAGGACAACAUUCGCAUGUACUACCUCGAUUUCUCCAUGAUGUCAUCCAGAGACUGGCGUAUUAGUCAUGUUCUGAGUCAUCACCUCUACCCCAACACGCUCCUUGAUCUGGAACUGUCUGUGUUCGAACCUCUGUUCAACUUCUUCCCAUUUGAAGAGAAAAAUUUCAUUGUCCGUUACGGAAGCUGGUUCUACGCUCCUUUGGUGUGGACGUUUAGUUUCCACGCUAGCUUCGUACGCAGGAUUCUUGACAGAUUUAUUGGCAGUGGGCUCGAAAUACGGAAAGCAGAACUCAUACCUCUGAUAAUACCAGCAUCUAUGAUCUUUAUUGCUGGAGCGUCAGUGAAAGAUGCUGUUUACAUGUGGCUGUACAUCACACUUUCUGCAAGUCUGUUUUUCAACUUCAUUGGAAUCACUGCUGCUCACCACCAUCCAGUUAUUUUCCACGACGGAGAUACUCCAAGGCCUGACAUGGACUGGGGUGUUCAACAGCUGGACGCAGUGAGGGACAGGCCAGUCAUAUCCAGCUCGGACCUCCUCGCUCUUACGUUCUUCGGCCAUCACGGCCUACACCACCUGUUCCCUACAAUUGACCACAGGUUCCUGCACAAGCUCUACCCAGCGUUCCAGAAGACCUGCGCCGAGUUUGGAGUUAAGUACGACGGCCUUGGUAUCGGUGAACUGAUUCGUGGCACUUACAUACAGGCUGCGAAAAAUAAGCCCAACACAGUUCCCCCAGGUUUUGGCAAGCAUUAAUUCUGAAGAUGUUGUAAGAAAUUAAAAAAAAGGAAGAGUCACUGUGCUCACUUCAAAGCGUGUGUAUUGAUUAUUGGUGCUACUGCUGAUAUGAAAUCUUUUUUUGUGGUAGCGAUAAAAUGAAUCGAGUACACUAAUUUAGUGGAACGUAAUUCAGAUGAUAUCGCUGUUCUGUUUUCUCAUCGGUAAUGACCAGUGUAAUGCAGUAAUGAUUUCACGAAGAUAUAUUUGCUCAAAUGAAUGUAUAAGACUGAAUAAAUGUAAAAAAAAAAUAGUGGAAUUACCCAAAAAUGUGCGUUAAAGGUAAAAACUAUAAUACCAAGACACAUCUGGGAAAUCUAGCAUUAUAGUACCGAGAGGCGAAGAAGCGUAAUGUUAAGCCCCUUAAGUUGUAAGUUUCGUUACAUUGUUGCAAAACCUGUUUCUCCAUGUCAUAAUUUUCAUAGUGUUUUUGUGAUAUUUGUUAUUAAAUAUGACUUCUCAUUGAUGAAGUACAAGCGUGCUUAUAAAAAGACUAAUGCCUUACGUCAGUACGUAGUUUUAAUAUUUUACUGCUUGUUCGAAUGAAAUUCUGUAUAUCAUUUUGAUGACAUUAUGCAUGUUUACAUGAAGUUGUUUAAAUAUGGACAAUGCAACGUUUUUUAUCCAAGAUGUACAAAGAGAGUGAAGAAAACGUGUGUAUGUGUGUCAGUUAUUCGGUUCCUAAUAAAGGAUUGCUAAACUACA